AUGGUGGCAUUUGUGGUGUUGAUCUUGGUGCUGCUGCCUCUGGCAGUAUGCAGAACUCCUCCUGCUACAUGUCCCAUCGCGGAUCCUCUUCCUAUCCUUCAUAAAUACUAUAAAUCAGGAGACCUCGUCAUUGCUGGCAUCACAUCCCAAAUCUACAUAUUUAUGAAUCCGAUCACUUUUGAAAAACGUCCCUCCGAAAAACUGAUGGAUGACCUUUUCCAUUUCUCUGCAACUUGGACCUCUCUGGCCUCAAUGGAACUUCUCUGCAUGCAGGGCAGAUUCAUUCCCAACUACAAGUGUGAUGCCCGACACAAUGCAGUUGCAGUCAUCAUGGGACCAAACUCUGAUGUUGGUCUGCAUGUGGCAGCCAUUCUGUGCAUUUACAAGAUGCCACAGCUUUCAUACGGUUCUGCCCCAAUGAUGGCUGACAAAGCCCAAUCUGUUUUCUUCCAUCCGCUGUUCCCAAAAGAGGCCCAUCAAAAUAUGGGAAUCGUCCACUUACUGCUGUAUUUCAGGUGGACAUGGAUUGGGGUGAUAUCUGUGGAUGAUGAAACUGGAGAGAGGUUUGAACAGGAAAUUAUUCCCAUGUUUUCUCAGAACGGCAUUUGCUUUGACUUCACAGAAAAAAUCCCAGCCAUAGCAUUUUCCAGUGGGAUUUUUGAAAUGGCGGCAAAAGAGAUAGAAAUAUUCAAAACUGUCAUGAGAAGCAGUGCCAAUAUUUUGGUUCUACACGGUGAAAUUCAGACUAUGAUAACUUUCAGAAUAUUCUUCCACCUCGCAGAAGUUGAGGAUGUAUCAGUUAAAGCAAAAGGAAAAGUGUGGAUUAUGAUGGCUCAGAUGGACUUCACCUCACUUUCCUUUCAAAGAGACUGGGACAUUAAUGUUAUCCACGGAGCCAUCUCCUUUGCCAUUCACUCAGUGCAGCUAUCUGGAUUCCAGACAUUUAUUCGGGAGAAAAAUCUGACCUCAGAAAAGGAAGAUGGAUUCAUCAGACUCUUCUGGCAACAAGCAUUUAAUUGUGCAUUCUCUAACUCUGUGGUAGACCAGAACGAUGAUAAUAUUUGCACUGGGGAGGAGAAGCUCGAAGCUCUUCCUGGAUCUGUUUUUGAAACAAUCACAACUGCCCACAGCUACAGCAUCUAUAACGGGGUCUAUGCUCUGGCAUAUGCACUGCAGAACAUGCUGUUUUCCAGAUACCAACAGAGAGGGAUAGUAGAUGGUAGAAGAUUAGAUCUUCGAGAUCAACAACUAUGGCAGCUUCACCAUUUUCUGAGAGGUUCCUCAUUUAACAACAGUGCUGGAGAAAAGGUGUCUUUUGACCAAGAUGGGGAAAGAGAAGCUGAAUUUGAUAUUGUCAACUGGGUCACGUUCCCAAACCAGUCCUUUCUUAGAGUCAAAGUCGGAAAGACAGACCUCAAAGUACCCAGUGAUAAAAGAAUCUUUAUUCAUGAGGAUACCAUUGUAUGGCCCACCAGCUUCAACCAGAAAUGGCCCCUUUCCAUGUGCAAUGACAAUUGUCAUUCCGGUUACAGUAGGAGAAAGAAGGAAGGGAAGCCUUUUUGCUGCUACGAUUGUCUUCGAUGUCCAGAAGGAAAGAUAUCAAGCAAACAGGACAUGAAUGACUGUUUACAAUGCCCUGAAGGACAGUAUCCGAACAAGGACAAGAAUUUAUGCCUUCCAAAACAUAUCAGCUUCUUGUCUUAUGCAGACCCUUUGGGGAUCACUUUGGCCACUUCUGCUCUUUUCUUAGCUUUCCUCACAUCUUUGGUGCUUGGGAUCUUCAUCAGGCACCGGGAUACUCCCAUCGUCAAAGCCAACAACCGGGACCUCACCUACACCCUUCUCCUCUCCCUCCUGCUCUCCUUCCUCUCUGCUUUGCUAUUCAUCGGCCAGCCAGGGGACACGACAUGUCUGUUCCGACAGACAACUUUUGGCAUCAUCUUCUCAGUGGCUGUCUCUUGUGUGUUAGCUAAAACUGUCAUUGUGGUUCUAGCAUUCAUGGCCACCAAGCCAGGCUCCAGAAUGAGGACAUGGGUGGGGAAUAGAAUGGCCAAGUCCAUUGUUAUUGUCUGCUCUCUUAUUCAAGUCUCUCUUUGUACCUUGUGGUUGGCAACUUCUCCUCCUUUCCCAGAUUUUGACAUGCAUUCUAUAAAUGAGAAAAUUGUGCUGGAAUGUAAUGAAGGGUCAGCCACCAUGUUUUACUGUGUCUUGGGCUACAUGGGCUUCCUGGCCAUCGUCAGCUUCACUGUGGCUUUCCUGGCCAGGAAGUUGCCUGACAGUUUCAAUGAAGCCAAGUUCAUCACCUUCAGCAUGCUGGUCUUUUGCAGUGUUUGGCUUUCCUUUGUUCCCACCUACUUGAGCACCAAGGGCAAAUACAUGGUGGCUGUGGAGGUCUUCUCCAUCUUAGCCUCCAGUGCUGGGCUCCUGGGCUGUAUCUUUUCUCCAAAAUGUUACAUCAUUUUACUAAGACCUGAAUUGAACAAAAGAGGGCAGUUAUUAAGAAGAAAGCUGUAA